GGCCGCCUGUCAGAGGGAGGUGGCGAUGGUGCGCCCGGUGGCGGCGGCGCCUGCGGCGGCUUUCUCGUUCGAAUUGCAGGGAGAAGAUGACUGACCAACCGACUGGCUGAAUGAAUGAAUGGCGGAGUCGAGCGCGCCAUGAGGAGCCUGCCGAGCCUGUGCGGCCUCGCCCUGCUGUGCUGCGCCGCCGCCUCAGCAGCCUCGCUGGGGAAUGUCACCGGUGGCGGCGGGGCCGAGGGGCAGGUGGACGCGUCGCCGGGCCCGGGGCUGCGAGGCGAGCCCAGCCACCCCUUCUCUAAGGCACAGGCCCCGACGAUCGGAUCUCCGCGCAGUCCCCUGCCUGCGACCUCCUCAGCCCAGUCUCCGGAGACCACCCCUCUUCAGACGACGGCCGGACCCGCUCCCACCACCUUCCAGGCGCCCGUCGGCCCCUCGCCGACCACCCCGUGGGCGGGGGAACGCACCCCGACCACCCCUCGGGCGCCGACCAGACUCGCGCCCACCACCCUUUCUGCGACUACUGGUCGGGUGCCGACCACCCCCGUAGCGACCACCGUUCUGGCGCCGACCACUCCCGGGACCCCAACCCCCAUUCUCCCCAGCAGCAGCAGCAGCGGCGGCGGCGGCGGCGGCGUCCCACCCACCCCACCUGCCACCGAGGCCCCCUCUCCGCCUCCCCCAGAGUAUGUGUGUAACUGCUCCAGGAUCGGAAGCCUGGAUGUGAAUCUCUGCAACCAGACCACAGGGCAGUGUGCGUGUCAGCGAGGUUAUCAGGGUCUUCAGUGUGAGUCCUGCCAAGAGGGCUUCUACCUGAAUCACACCUCCGGGCUCUGCCUGCCGUGUCGCUGCAGUCCACACGGAGCAGUAGGCAUACUCUGCAACAGUUCUGGGAAUUGCCAGUGCAAAGUGGGUGUCACCGGCUCUACAUGUGACCAGUGCCAGGAUGGAUAUUACAAUUUCACUAAGAAUGGCUGUUUGCCCUGCCAGUGCAAUAACCGAUCCGUCAGUUGUAAUGCCCUCACAGGUGUAUGUUUAAACUGCCAGGAAAACAGUCAAGGAGAUCAUUGUGAAGAAUGCAAAGGAGGAUUUUAUCAGAAUCCUGAAGCCACUGAAGAAUGUCUUCUCUGCCCUUGUUCAGCAGUGACAUCUACAGGAAUUUGCACCAUAAAAUCGGGUGAACCAGAACCUAAAUGUAGCCAGUGUAAAGAAGGUUACACAGGCCAGAACUGCAAUCGAUGUGAAAAUGGCUAUUACAGUUCUGACAGCAUCUGUGUGAAAUGUCAGUGUCACGGUCAUGUGGACCCAAGUAAAACUCCAAAGAUGUGCAAGCCCGAGAGUGGUGAGUGCAUCAACUGCCUCCAUAACACCACUGGGUUUUGGUGUGAGAACUGCCUAGAAGGUUACACUCCAGACCUCGAGGGAAAUUGCAUCAAGAAAGAAGUUAUUGUUCCAACACCUGGAGGUUCUACCAUUUUGGUUUCCAAUGCCUCUUUGACCACUUCAGUGCCCACCCUUGUUACAAAUAGUACAUUUACCCCCACAACCCUGCAGACUAUCUUUUCAGUAAGCUCGUCUGAAAACAGCACUUCAGCUUUAGCUGAUGUAUCAUGGACCCAAUUUAACAUCAUCAUUUUGACAGUCAUCAUCAUCGUGGUGGUGCUGCUAAUGGGAUUUGUGGGGGCAGUGUAUAUGUACCGUGAGUACCAAAACCGGAAACUCAACGCCCCCUUCUGGACCAUCGAGCUGAAAGAAGACAAUAUCAGUUUCAGCAGCUACCAUGACAGCAUUCCCAAUGCAGAUGUGUCAGGAUUGUUGGAAGAUGAUGGCAAUGAAGUGGCUCCCAAUGGACAACUGACCCUGACGACACCCAUACAUAACUACAAAGCCUAAGGAACUGGAACUCUCCUCCUGGAUUGCCACACCACAGUGCUUACUAAGACUGCAUCAGCCUCUGGACCAGACAAUGCCUGGGUAGAGUUCCCUGAGAAGGCAAAGGCAGAUCGGAAAUUCUCAAAUACAAAUCUAUAAUGCACUUAGUUUAUCUAUUACUCUUAGUUUUCCCAUGAAAUUUGAAGCAUUCAUUAUCAUGAAGGACUUGAAGCAAAGUAUAUUUUUAUACCAAAUCACAUGGGAAUUUGGAAAGGCUGAAUCAUAUUGUGCAGCCCUAAUCCACUUUGACCUCCAAGGAGACUCUUGGAGAAUCGUUCACCAAACCAGUAGAAACAAGAUGAUGGAUGUGAAGGGGGAAAGAGUGCUGGAAGACUUCAUCUCCUUUCCCAAACAUUUUUUUUAAAAGGAGGAUCAGGGAUUAUGUUCAUUUUGCUGUACAAAAUGACAUCAUUGAAGAAAAGCUGGUGUCUAGGUUGUAUCACUAUAAAUAAUCUUGAUUAUUCUGGAAUGUGGCAGAAAAGUCCCAAGGAGAUCUUUAGAAGGGCUUGAUUUCUCCUUCCAGGAUUCUUGUUCGAUGUGAUGAGAGGAAAGCACAGGAUAAGCUUCUACGGGUGGAGGACAGAGGCAGCACUGGGGAGCAGGAAGCUGACGGUCCUCCUCAGGGUCUCAGUGUGAAUAGCAAAUUGUCUGAAAACAAGGAAUAUUCCUGCUUCUAGAAUAACAUGUAUAUAGUGAAUGUAGCAUAUCUGGUCAACAUUGUAUUUGUACCUAUUUGUAAAAAAAAAAUCAUGUCAUAUUUUAUCAUCUAGAAUUUAUUUGUACAGCAGUUAAUAGCAUUGUAAAAAGAAAAUGGGGAUUGGUUAAAAUACUGUAAAAUAGAUGGCAAUAUUGCUAGAGCUGGGACUCUGGUGAGCAUCACUCAUGUUUAGUCCCUCUUUGGACAUUGUUGAAAUUUACAAGAGGUUGAAUGUUUCUAAUCUUUCUUUUCUCAGCCUAAAAGUAGAGUUAUAUGCUCCUUGUCUUACUAUAGAUUCAAGCAAUAGAUUUUUAAGUAAAAAAAAUUGUUAAGCUGGGACAUAGGCUGCAUUCUCAAAAAUACCCACCUAAUUAAACAUUAGCCACUCUAUGUAUUUUACACAGUUGACAAAAAAACAUAUUCUCAUUAAAAUAUUUUUACCUGAAUGUAAAAGAUAGUCUUCCAAAGGAUGGAAAUAUUUCGGUUCCAAAAAAAAAAGCCAUCCUAUCACUUGGGAUCCCUAGUUUUCAUUCUUAUGAAAUUUUUGUAUUUCACCUCAAAGCUAAAACAUCUAUUAUUUGAGUACAGCUUAUCAUUCACUCGCCAUGAUGUGUGUGCCAUCUCUCUGCAGUCCCGUAGUUCUCCCAUCUUGUCCCGCUAGGGUAGCCCCAUAGCUGAGUAUGUGUAGUUGGUCCUUGCUUUUAAAUGCAUUUUUCUCCUAGAGAUCAGCUACUACUGUUACUCUCAUCUACUAUGAUAUUGACAAGUUGUGGGUGUAGCAAGCCAGGAAAGGUGGCCAGAAGACCAAUAGAGAUAUUUAUUAAGAGGAACAGCAAACUGUGAAGUGGUUAGAAAAAAGUGAAGAUUUCUUGUUAGCUUAGAAUUAGAAAAUCUAAGUUGACCUCUUUGCUUAACUUCCUCAGAGAAAAACCUAGAAUUUGGACUUUCCUCUGUGGGAGACCACUAAGUUGUUCUCAGGGUUUGGAGGUGAUGAUCCUGGAGGAUGUGUGACCUGAGGGUGUCCUGCUUAUUCGGCCAUUGUUCACAAGAGUAGAGAUUGCAUUACAUUACAUUAAAAUUAUUUAAUAUUUCUAUCCCUGUUUGUAGUUUGCAAAGCACUUUUCCCUGUGUGUCCUUUGUUCCUUUCUGUAGUCCCCUGAGGAAGGAAGUAUCAUUCCCAUUUUAUAAAUGAGAAGACUGAGUCACAGAGGGCCUGCAUGUCUUGUUCAAGGCCGUAUACAAAUGUGUGUCCUAAGUAGGCUAGUGAUCAGGACUCCUGACCCCGAUUCACACGUUCUUUCAACUGUAUGCUAACACAUAAAUUUCCCAGCUGUGGACACAGGGCGGCUGGGAGGAGGAGUCUCAUUUGUGGAUGUUUCUAGGUUUUUAAUUAAAUACCAGCUUCCGGGUGAUACAGCUAUUGGAAGAACUUUGUGAAAAGACACGGAGGAGUGCUAUCUGGAGUCCGUAUCAGUGAAUAAAGAUAAAAAAACCUGCCAGUUUAUGCUUCAUUAAAGAGAACUACUCCCUCCAAGCAGGGCCAGGAGAGGAACUUGAAUUUCCCAGAGUCGCCACAUCUCUGUGCAUAGACUGCACAAAAUGGCAGACUCGCCUUCCUCCCUGAUACUCAUUCCCUGCCCCUGCCAAAAUCAGGAUGGAGGAUGGGGAGAGGUAAACAUUUGCUGAAAGGAGCUGACCCAAUAGAGUGUGGUGGAGUCUGAGAACCAAAGCCGAAUAGCAUUCUGGCCAUGUGAAGAUUCCUCGAAACAGACUGUAAAAGGGCAUUGCAAAACCUGAGUCACAAAGAACAUUUACCCUCAAAUGCCUGGUAACACUUUCCAGGUCAUGUUCUUAUUUUUUCUUAUUUUUUCCCAAUGGAAGAAAAAUAAAGGUCUUAAAAUUUGCUUUGAGUAUUCUUUAGUUGACCUUGGCUUUUGCUUGAGGAAAUAAUUUUGCUGUAAAUUGUGACUCAAUCUUGCAAUGAUCUGCCGCUGAAAUCAGACAAGGCAACCAGUGUGGAGUGCCCUGCACAGCCUUCAUUCCGCUAAAGCCACAGCCCCUGUGAACUGUGGGGUCCUGCAGUGGGUCCCAGCUGUCCUUACAAAGCCUGAUGAUGGAAAUAUUUUUGUGUAAGGAUUAGAAAUGUGUUUAUUUUUAAAGAAGAUAAGCCUGAUGUGCAUCUCACCCAGAAAUGACAAAUACUGCUAUUAAGUAAUACUUUUAUCUUCAUUUAACUCAUUUGGUCAGCCCCUAUGCAUUUCCAACAGAUGCUUGGGGUGGUGUCUUUGUCCUCUACUUGCCUCCCUGUACUCGCUGCGCUAAUAGGACUUUUACUAAUGGGACCUGUCCAGUUACAGAAAGAAAAAAAUGACCUAGUAUGUUUUGUUUUUCCAGGGAUGCUUGGAUUUUAAAAGAGGAGAACAGAGCAGGUAUGGGAUUGGAGAAUAGAGAUUUUUUUGGAACAGGAUUUGUUGAAGCCUCAACUUAUAUGGCUGCUGUCUAGCCCCAGAAUGCCCAGGCAAAGUGACCAUUAGAGCAAUCCUCACUGACCUGCUAGUCCCUUUUGGUCAGCUGAGUGCCUUCAGGAUAUUCACUCCUUGUGCUAUUUUAGAAACAGAGCUAAGCCAACAGUGCUUCUCUUGACAGCGUCAGUUGGAUCUGGGUUAUUCGAUCAUUUGCCUUGAUUCUGUACUUUUGUAGGACACUUGGUGAACAUUACACCACUUAUGAAAAACACCACUUGUAAUUCUCUGGCUCUUAUAUUUUGAUGUAUGUGGAGAAGAGUUGAAUUUCCACAUCUCAAAGAAAGCUCUCUGAUAAAAAGUUCAGAGAAGUAAAAACAGAGGGGUAAUAGCACAACCUGUUAGAGUGAGAAAGGCGCUCAGAGAACAUUUCGUCUGUUAAUAAUCUUGCUAGUGGGGAGUUUGGGAGCUAAAAUGAGUUGUUGGGGGGAGGGCGGGGUGGAAAGUUAGCACAUUUUUCUCUUUACCCUGAGCCAGUGACUACUACACCAAGCGGAAGGCAGGAAGAACACAGGCUCAUCUGCAGAAGCCAGAUGAUGUCCCGUGGACCAGUGGUUGUGGAUCGUGAAGUGUUGGAGGAUAAGUGUGGUGUUUUCAAAGGCAAUUGGGAAUCUUUCUUAUUUAUUUUGUAUGCAUAUGCAAUAACUGCGGCGGCAGCCCCAGAAUGUGAGCCCAGGGCUUCAGAUCUAAGUUAGUCCAAACGCUAAAUGAUUUAAAGUCGAGUUGUAAUGCCAGGCACAAGCACUCUGUAAUAAGUUAAAUUUCAGCCCAAGCAAUUAGAGAAUGUUUCUGAAACAUUAAACAUGUAUUUAUGUCACUAAAAUUCUAACACAAAUGUUAAAAACAUGUCUCAUACAUAUGCUGUACUAGGCUUCAUGAUGCAUUUCUAAAUUUGUGUAUGAUUUGAAUAUAUGAAAGAAUUUAUACAAGAGUGUUAUUUAAAAUUAUUAAUAAAUGUAUAUAAUUUGUACCUAUUGUA